AUGGCUAACGAUGAUUCCGUUGAAUGGUAUACAGCUGAAUGUGGUACAUCACAAUUUACGUUACCAAGACGAUAUCAACAAUUGAGACCGAUUGGACAAGGAACAUUCGGUACUGUCAUUCGUGCUAUUGAUACAGUAACUAACAAAGAUGUAGCUAUUAAAAAAGUGCUUCGUCCAUUUCAAAAUGAAACACAUGCUAAACGAACAUAUAGAGAGUUUAAAUUACUUAUGCAUCUUAAUCAUCGUGAUGCACAAGUUGUACAAUUGUAUAAUGUAUUUACACCCGAAAAAGAUGUUAAUGAGUUUCAAACAUUAUAUUUUGUAUUUAAUUUUGUUGAUUAUGAUUUAAGUAAAGUAAUGAAACGUGGAAAACCAUUUACAGAAGAUCAUAUUAAAUUAUUAAUUUAUUCACUUCUUCGUGGUUUAAAAUUUAUUCAUUCAGCUGGUAUUAUUCAUCGGGCUUUAAACCCAACUAAUAUUGGAAUACAUCAAAAUUCUGAACUUACAAUUCUUGAUUUUGGUCUAGCACGUGUUGCAGUAAAUGAUCUUCAAACAGGUUACAUUGCACCAAGAUAUUGGUGUGCACCUGAAGCAAUUAUUAAUUGGGGACGUUAUGAUGAAAAAGUUGAUAUAUGGUCUGUUGGUUGUAUAAUGAGUGAAUUAAUUCUUCUUAGACCACUUUUUCGUGGAACAAAUCAUAUAGAUCAAUUAACUAAAAUACUUGAUGUUGUUGGUACCCCAGAUUUAGCUACAUUAGAUGAAGUUUGUGAACCACAUGCAAGAGAUUAUAUUCUUAGAUUGCCACCAAAACUAAAACAAGAUUAUCAAACAUUAUUUGGUUAUAAAUAUAAAGCUGAAUCUCAAACACCAGUAUCUGGUGUAUCACCCCAAGGUAUUGCAUUACUUGAUCGGCUUUUAUUAUUUGAUCAUCGUACACGACCAACAGCAGAAGAAGCUUUAGCUGAUCUAUAUUUUGAACGUUUACAUGAUUCUACGAAAGAACCAUUAGCAGAAGUUUUAAUUGAUGAACAUCAAGAUGCAACCUAUCCAAUAGCUACAUGGAAAUCCAUUUUAUGGAAAAUGAUCGAAAAUUUUCAACCACCGCCAUGGGCCAGUUAACAUGUUGAUGAUGAUAUUUAAAUAAAAGAAAGAUUAAAUUGAAAUUAGUAUAGGCCAAUUUUUGUCAAUAUUAUUAUGUAUUUUUUCUUUUUCUCUUUGUUAUGUUAUCUGUUUGAAAAGACAUUAUUCUUUUGCGUACUUUUGCCAGUAUAUCAUAUACCGGAGUCUUGUGUAUUAUUUUUAUACAUAUCUACAUUUGUUUGUCUGUUUAUUGUGUUCUAUUUCAUUUGUCUAAGCCACGAAAAAUGCUUCUUUUAUAUCAUUAACUGUUUUACACACCGAUUUACAAACACAGUGGCGAUCAAAAUGAUUCGAGAGUACACAAAGUUUUCUUGUAUUCUUUGUAGGGUGUGGAUGAUAGAAAAGCCGUACUCGCUCCAUAUUCACACCCUUUAGGAAGAAUUCCAUAGAAUCCUGGAGAAUCUAGAGAAUGCUUGGAAGUUCUGAAGAACCUUCGAAAUCCUAAAGAAUUCUUGAGAUUCAGAGGAAUUCAAGGUUUAAGAAUGUCGUGAUUUUCCUCUUGGAGAGACUAAAAUAGGAUUUGUUACAGAUAGAAACUUAAUAGGGUGUGGGUGUGGGUGUGGGUGUGGGGUGUGGGUGUGGGUGUGGGUGGGGUGUGGAUGUGGGUGUGGGUGGGGUGUGGUUGUGGGUGUGGGUGUGGGUGUGGGUGUGGGUGGGGGGG